AUACCAAUGAAGCUGUGUGUGAUUCUGUUGAUAAUCUUGCCAAUGACAUAUUUUUAGAUGCCCUUGAUGAUGAUGAAUUAUUGCAGGUAGGAUUUAUCAAUUUCUUUGUUUAGGGAGUUCUAAUCUAAAAUUCAGAUAUGGUUGUCUACUAGAGGCUUCAUAUAAAUCAUAGUUAUUAUAAAUUUCAGAGUAUUGAUGUAGACCAAAUAGUUAUGGAACACUAUCAAGUAACUGGCACACCAGAAGGUUCUGUAUCUAAAUAGGCACCUUUCACUCCAGUCUCUAGAAGUUACAUAGGAUGCCCUCGUGAAGACGCAUUGCCACUAAAACUCAUUACUGUCUCAACUGAACUUCUUGAUAAUGCUUCUGAGCUUAGUCCUGAACACUGCAAAAAUCUUAAUCAGGAGCGUUUACAUCUCAAAAAUAAGAUUCAGCAUCUUGAGAAAGACCUUUCCCUUUCAAAUCAAGAUGAAGAAAGACAGAGAUCAUCUUUCACGGCAUCAACAACUACUUCAAGGAAUUUUCAACUUGAGAGGCCCUCAAGUAUGACAGAUCCUAUCAACUUUAACUCCCAGGCUUACAUAAGAAAUGAACCAGGAGAUACUAUGACUUGGAGCUCACCUACUCCAUCCUGUUAUGCAAACCAGUUUGGGACUACAUCUGCAGAAAGACAAGUAUUUACUCCAAAGCUUCUUGACAUUAAUUACAUUGAAGGAUCUGGAGAUAAAAAAUGGAAAAGUUUAGACUUUCCAUGGACAAAGAAACUUGAGGCUAACAACAGAAAAGUGUUCGGUAAUCACUCAUUUCACCCCAAUCAAAGAGAGGUGAUCAAUGCUACAAUGAGUGGUUGUGAUGUCUUUGUUUUAAUGCCAACUGGUGGUGGAAAGAGUUUGACAUACCAGGCAAACAUUCCUGCUACUUAUCUUGGUGCCAAUAUUGAAUGGGCUGAACAACAGGAUAUUUUUCGGGAAGUGAUGUCUGAUGUUUGCAAAUACAAAUUGCAGUAUGUCACUCCAGAAAAAAUUGCAAAUUGCAGCUAUGGUGACAUCCAAGGUAGGGAAAUGCUAUGCAUUUACUGGCUUUGAAGCACUGAAGGAGUUGUUCCUUUUGAG